AUGGAAAUAGAAUUUAUACUGGUAGGAAUCUCCAGUCUGCCAGAGCUACGCCUGUUUCUGUUAGUGUCCUUCCUAUGCAUCUAUGUAACUGCUCUAGUGGGAAACUCUCUCAUCUUCUUCACCAUCUAUGCCAGUCAACAGCUUCACACACCCAUGUACUUCCUUUUGGGCAACUUGUCUGUCAUUGACCUCUUGUGUACAUCUACGAUUGUUCCCAAGAUGUUAGCCAACCUUUUUUCUCAGAGGGCUGUCAUUUCAUUUGCAGGCUGCAUGGCCCAGAUGUAUAUGUUCACAUGGGCCUUAGUCUCAGAGGCUCUUCUUUUGGCCCUCAUGGCAUUUGACCGCUAUGCUGCCAUUUGCCACCCCCUCCAUUACCCAAUGGUCAUGAGUAGUCGUGUCUGCCUUGGGAUGGCAGGAAGCAUCUGGGCCAUUGGUAUAAGCAACUCAGCAGUCCAUACUAGCUUGGCAGUCCCCUUGUCCUUCUGCAAAUCCCUCAUUAUUGACCAUUUCUUCUGUGAGCUGCCACCCAUACUGAAGCUGUCAUGCUCUGAUACCCAUCUCAAUGAAGCUCUAGCUUUCUGUGCAGAUGUGAUAUUUGGGGUGGGGAGUUGUUCCCUUAUCCUGGUUUCUUAUGGAUGUAUUAUUGGGACAAUUCUGAGGAUUCGCUCCUCUGAAGGCAAGAAGAAAGCCUUUUCCACCUGUUCUUCUCACCUUACUGUGGUCUCCCUCUAUUAUUCCACUGUAAUUUAUACCUACAUCCGCCCAACCUCCAACCUCUCUUUGGGAAGGGACAAAAUCAUCACUGCCCUCUACUCUGUCAUUAUCCCUGUGUUCAACCCAAUUAUUUAUUCCUUCAGGAAUAGAGAAGUGAAAGGAGCCCUGCAGAAGCUGUUGGGAUGGACUUCCUGCCUUUCCCCAGGCAGAACUUCAUCAUUUAGUCUAAAAAAUCCUCCAUCUUAG